UAAUAUUGUUACACAAAUAAGGAAAAUGACAAAAUAUUCAUUCUUCUACUUUUUGUUAAUCUCUAGAUCAGUAUUAGACAACAUAAGAAGAAAUAAGAAUAAUGUUUGCCAGGGGAAAGGAAUUGCAGAGGAUGUUUCUUCAAUGUGGGCCAAGACGUGGUUUUGCCAACAAGGCUGUUUUUGAUAUAGAACCUUGCCAAUUACAUGGACUAGAAACUGGUCCAUCAACCAGAACUACCCUUACGAGGACGGAUGCCCUCACAUAUUUCACAAUGAUGUCGGAAAUGAGAGAGAUAGGGAAUGUAGCAAACAUAUUGUUUAAUCAAAACUUAAUUCGAGGAUUUCUUCAUCUGUGUCCAGGAAUGGAAGCAGUGCGCGCCGGAGUAGAGGCAGCCAUUACACAAGAAGACAUAGUUGUCGGUACAUAUCGUAUCCAUGGCUGGGCUUAUGCUAGAGGGAUAACAGUCGAGCAAAUUCUUGGAGAAUUUCUGGGAAAAUCAACCGGCUGUUCUAAGGGAAAAGGUGGAGCUAUGCAUCUUUAUUCGAAGAAUCUAUUUGGUGGCAACGGAAUAAUAGGGGCGACUGUACCCCUUGGAACUGGUGUAGGCUUUGCUAUGAAAUACAACAAGAAGCCGAAUGUAUCUGUUUCGACCUAUGGAGAAGGUGCGGCCAAUCAGGGUCAGAUAUUUGAAGCCUUCAAUAUGGCCAAACUCUGGAACCUUCCGUGUAUCUACCAUUGUGAUAAUAAUGUAUACAGUAUUUCAACGAAAGCAGAGAGGGUGACUGCCAGCACGGAUUUUUACUCCAGGGGAGACUACAUUCCUGGAUUGAUGAUAAUUCCUUUGUCUAUGUUUUCAUAUGUUUACCAUUCUUCCUCAUUUUAA